CUGCUUUCCACUUUUUGUUUUUGUAGGAGAAUUUACUCAUAGACCUAUUCAUCCGGGAGAAAAAGUCAAGAAAGAAACCAAACUGAGUUUUUAAAGAUUCUACUUAAAGAAUCAUAUACGACAAGACACGCAACGUCCAAGUAUAUGCAAGAAUGGGUACACCAGCUGUUGCUGACAUUCUCUCCAAGACAUCGACAGAACAAGAAAACUUUUAUCGUUUGUCUCGUCUGCUGAUAGUUGGAGGAACAACAGUCCUUAGAGAUCUCYUYGACGUCAUACACCCGCCGUCAAUUCUAUCAUCCAUUCUAGCAAAUCCUGCUGUCAAAAAAGUCAUCGAAAAGAAAGCUAAUGGACAACAAAAACUCCGCCUUUACCCUYCUCACGGAAAGUGCGUGAAAUCAGARGAUUUUGAUAUUUCAUUAAUCACGYUGCUUCUUCAAAAUGUGUGUAGCCUCAAACCACCUCUGGACGGAUGGAAUAAAAUGCCUGGAGACUCCAAUCAAUCAGUAUCUGACGACAUUGUAAGAAUACGAAUGCUGCGAAAUCAGGUGUAUGGUCAUAUCACUGAUAUGGAGAUCUCAGAUGUUGAGUUUUCUGAUCGUUGGUCCAAACUUUCAGAUGCACUGAUUAGGAUUGAAAGCAACUUUGGCGAGAACAAGAAAAGAGAAUGGACAGAUGCGACGAAAAAUCUUUUGACAAGUCCUUUAAGCGAGACAGACAGACAGAAUGUCGAAGAACUGAMACGAUGGUACGCCAAUGACCUAGAAUUAAGGGAGAGGCUUUCACAAGUGGAGCUAGGAGUAAAUGACGUCAAAAAAGCGAUAGGUGAGCUCAAAUCGCUUUAUACGGAAGUCAAAACAAAAACAUGCUUAAAACCCCACCACAAAGACAAGCCUUUGARCUAUUUCUGCCACGACUGCCAAGARAGAAGUUGUGAGUUGUGUGCUAGCGUGAAGCACCGUGCCCAUAAAGUUUAUGCCUCAGACACUGAUCCUGAAUUGGCGAAAAUAAGAAAAGAUAUUAACGACGAAAUCCUCAAKGCUGAGAAUAAGAUAGCAAGUGGAGACGACGAAAUUCAGUCGUUCUCUCAAAAAGUCCAUGAUGCGAGAGCCCGUUURGAGAUCAUUGAAAAUAUGGUUCAUAGUUUUGCUGAAAAAUGUGUGAACGAAAUUCGACAUCAAGAAMAGGAGCUGGUGAAAGCAAUAGAAAGAAUCUGUUUUCAGUCUUCUCUUGAAGUUGAAGAAAUAAAGUCAAAGAUUAUAAAACAACAAUCUGAAAUUCAAAAAGCUAUUGAUUGCGCGCGUGUUUUACUGGAAAAAGGUGAUUCCCACGCGAUUUGUCAAGAAGCUAGCACGAUCAAAGGGACCUUACAAGAGCAGUCAAGGUUUGAGUUGGUWUUUAGACCCCUGGCUUGCGAGAGGAAAACGUUUGCACCUAAUACCUCUUUUUUUGAUGAUCUUUAUUCCCAUGGUAUUGGACGUAUAUCUGCAGUUGACCCCCUUAAAUGCUCUGCCAGAGGUGCUGGAAUUGACUCAACUGCAACAUUGCAUCAAGGUCUAGAAAGUGAAUUCACAAUAACAAUGCGCAACGGAAGAAAUGAAGUGAUUCACGCACCGUCUGAAAGACUGUCAGUCAUCGUGAAUUACAAACUACNGAAGAAGAUCACGCAUGGUGUCUUCACCCAAGACGUCUCCGAAUAUAUCCGGGACAAUCGUAAUGGGACGUACACAGUGUGCUAUAGCCCUUUGAAGACUGGAGCUGCCUUUGUGUCGGUAAAAGUUGGAUGUGAACAUAUCACAGGGAGCCCAUUUGAAGUACAAAUCAAGGAACGCAGGUACGAGGCACAGUGUUUAAUAGGAAAGAAAGGAAAAGGACAUGGAAAUUUCGAUGGUCCAUGGGGUGCUGCUGAAAACAGCAAAGGUGACAUCUACAUAACUGAUCGAGACAACAAUCGCGUCCAAGUCUUUGACAAGCAUAAAACCUGGAAACUAACUUUUGGCGAAUUUGGAUCUGACGAUGGUCAACUGAUACAGCCAAGAGGCAUUGCCGUUGAUCGUCACGAUGACGUCAUUGUUGUUGACAACGGUAACAACCGAGUCCAAAUCUUCGACAAAGAUGGCAGAUUCAAAAUGAAGUUUGGAGGGCCUGGUAUAGAGGCCGGACGUUUUCAAAAUCCAUACUCGGUGGCGAUAGAUGACGAUGAAAACCUAGUCGUCAGCGAUGUCGAUAACCAAAGAGUACAGAUAUUUAAUCGAUGCGGUGAAUACGUGAGGUCCUUUGGACAGGGCAAUAUAAAGAAGUCUUGUUAUUGUAUUUAUCACGAGGGGCAGUAUAUCGUCUCCGAUUCUGAAAGUUACUGCGUUAAAUUCUUUGAUAAAACUGGACAAUUUCUACACAGUAUUGGUAAACAAGGAAUGAGAAACGGAGAGUUCGACAAGUGGAUUCGUGGACUCGCCAUUGAUAAAAUUGGUAAUUUGCUGGUGUGCGAUUCUUAUGCUGAUCGAAUUCAAGUUUUCCGUCCUGCUGGCACGUCCUUUGAAUACGAUUCCAAGUUUGGAAAAGAAGGAGGAAAACUGGGAGCGUUUAGACAACCAACGACCGUAACCGUACUUCGAAAUGGCCGGUUUGUUGUUUGUGAAUUCUAUAACAGCCGGGUUCAAAUUUUUUGACAGACAAUGCAGCGAUAGCCGCGCAUUUGACUCUACAAUCUUGAAAUAAUAGGUGAACAAUUCACAUUCACGAUCAAGUUCCCUUCCCGUUUUUAUCAUUUUAUCGUUCCUUUUAUCAUUUUUUUAUCAUUCCCUUCCCGUUUUUAUCUACAUUGAGGACUUCUAUGAAUAUCUCGACACAACGAGGGGCGUCUUUGGAUUCCCUGAUAUAAUACAUACUUUUUUGUGAUCUAUUAGAAUAUAUAUAUCUUUAAACUCAACGUGUCCUGAAAUAGUUGUAUAUAAGAGUGGUGUUAUCGUUUGGGUGUUAACCAACAAAAAUAUUUUCAUAUUCUGUAAGUUAAAAUUUCACUAUGGGUGAGUGGGCGCAUCCUCUUUCCAACAGACUGAUGUUUAGAAUUUUUUUAUAAAACUAAGAAUGUGAUUCUUUCACUUCUGGAAAUCCUAAAAUAACCGUCUUCAUUUGGUAUAUUGAUUUUUACUUUUCGUCUGGUAUAUCAAAAAGAUCAAAAUUCAAGUAAAAUUAACUAAAAGCUAGCCUAUACACCAUUUUAAUAAGUCCCGAGGUAUUACUUUCUCCGCACUUG